AAUUGUACACCGAAGAUGACGUCAAUAAUCAAAAACCAGCUAGUCAAACAUUUAUCCAAAUUCACAAAAAACUUGAAGCCCGAGCAGAUAUCCUUAGACGUGUUAAAAGGAAAUAGUAAACUUCAGUUUAUUGAAAUUAACGAAGAUGUUUUGACAGAGAUUUUGGAGCUUCCUUCGUGGUUGAAAAUCAAACGAGCAUUCUGUACAGGUGUAGCUGUGAAUGUACCAUGGACCAAAUUGAAAACUUGCCCAAUUCAGAUUUUCAUUGAUGAAAUCAAUGUGGAUGUGGAGCUUACCAAUGAGCAUAAAAAACAGGCAAAAUCAAAUCCACUUGGAAAUCUCGGUGACAGCAGUUCAUACGGCUUCAUGAACAAAAUCAUCGAAAACAUGUCUUUGUAUAUAAGUUCUGUAGAAAUUAACUUUGAUUCCGACGUAUUCGGAGGCUCAUUUAUGCUUCAACGAUUGUCAGUGGAGAGCAGAAGUCCAGGAUGGGCUCAAGUGAAAGACUUGCGUCAGACUAGAAUUACGUGCUCGGAGACAAAUAGAACAUUGAUGUUUAAGCAGCUUUCCUGGCAUCUCCUUCGCAUUGAAGCCUCAGCGAAAACUUCGAAAAAUGAGCAGCGAUCCAAAAUCAAUGCUCCAUUACGAUUGAUCACGAGUGGCGGAAAAAUUCGAAUUGCAUUGAAAAAGAAUGUAAAUGACGGCUCGGUAAUCCACGCUAGAAUUCAAACAAUCCUCGACGACAUUCUCUGGGUCGCCACACUUCCCCAACUCCGCUCAGCAAUCUCAUUUGCCAGUUACAUUGCCAAACUUGUCAAAGAGUCUCAGAAAAACGAUGUGAUAACCACAAGCAGCGGGAACGAUAAUCCGUUUAUGAAAGCCGCCGGCAACAGUGCGACGGCCGACGCGAGCACAAUUUCCUCUGCGUACAAUAUUUUCUAUUUUGACCAAACUUCAUAUCAUCUCCAUGUCAAGAAAAUUGACCUACAUUUAUGUGAUGAUGCUCAUACAGCCAGUGAUUACCCACCAGAUUGGGAUAUUGAAAGCGGUGCUAUGCAAGUUACUCUAUAUCAAGUUCUCAUCGACGUCUACCCAAAAGCUCAUGCUCAAUCAGAUAGAUCCACGUGGAUGAGAUAUUCAAAUACAAACCCAAUUGCUGCUUGGUUCCGAAAUCAUUUGUCGGAGCAAUUUCUUACACUUCUAGGAAAUGCUGAAGGUCAAACAACCCGGACAAGACUAGAACGUUGCUGGCCCCAACUAAUAGGAUUCUUUGUGGUUCUACGAGUUCAUGACUUGACAAUUCAAUGUGUUUCUGAUAUGAACACAAAGAAGGACGCGUUGACAAACUUGUUCGAAAGUGAACGACACCUUCACUCACUACCGUCUGACCAGCAAAUUGUGCACGUGGAGUUUGGCGCGUUUUACCACCCACACUCGGACAAGCUUCCGGUUCCAAACUCUGCUGUGUACUUCCAACUUGGUCCAUUCACGAUUUCGUUUGACGAACGAACGAUGAGAUGGUGCUGUUAUGUUGCUCAUGCUCUUUCAUCAGCUAUUGAAGACGGAAAUCUUAUUCCUGAAAAUGAGCUGGACAUUCAACCACCAACUAUCAAAGUCAAUUUGGUAAUGCCAAGGCUUGUCCUUAACCUGCCAGGACCAUUCACAGAUUUCAACUUCCCUCGAAGACUUGUUACGUCUAUGUCAACACUCUCUAUCUCAUCAAGUCAAAUCGACUUCAAAGAGAACAGCAGAUUCCGCAUUCUGUCUGAGAGCACAGAUGAGCAUAGUGAUGUGAAAAAUCAAUUGAUAAAUGGACUCAACAAAUUUCAUAUUUGCACAUCACCAGUUUGGAUUGAAAUUGAUCAUGGACCACAGACCAAAGGAUUUCCGUUUUUGCACGAUGUGUCAUUUAAUGGCAUUUUGGCAAUUGAUAAAGAUAAAGUGAAUGUCUUGGUGGAGCCAGCAGAGGAUGUUGCCGUAGUGGUCGACCAUUACCAGUUUCUGCAGUUGACUCGACUUGGCGACAAAUUCACAAAGUUCCUGGACCAAUUAACACUCGAUAUGAAGCACUAUAACACAAAUAAGCCGAAGUCAGAUGUGACAGUAGAUUUUCUUGCCAGCAUUGCCAGAAUCCGCUUGUACAUAGUGCUAACAAUGGGAGAGAUUGCAUCUCCUUACGAUUCAGCUGCGAUGAGCAAUUUCAAUCAUAGUUUUAUGGAUCGACUAUCAGAUAUUGCUAGCACAAAAUCAAUCACCAAUGCUCACUCUUUUUCUAAUGUUAACGAGAUCAAAGUUAUCAAUGAGCAACCACGACGAACAAACAAAACUGCAACUCCCGAAGAGUUCCCAGAGUUCCCAAGAGGUGGAAUAGAUAACGACACUUCGGAAGUUGCAUCAAUCGCAACAUCUAUCGAAGAUGAAGCAAUUUACGACUUAUCAGAAAUGCCCAGCGACGAUCCAUUUGGAAUCCCAGAAUAUGCGGAUGAAGCUAUCACUAUCGACGAGCCAGCGAUCAAUGAUCGAACUUUUAGACACACAAUGGCAAAACAGGCUAACUUAUUCAUGGUCACACUUGAAGAUUUAAAACUUGCCGGAAAUGUUGUUGAGGAAACACUGAAAAUUGACGGUCAACUGAAAAACAUUCAACUGAGUGAAAAACUAGGAAUCGUUCGAAGCGAAAUAAACGAUAUGAUGAAAAAAACUGGAAGCGAGCCGUUGGACCUGUCAAAACUACCGCCAACUUAUGCAGCAGCUUUUAGUUUUCUGGCGCCAGCUAAUGAGAAGGUGUCUCAUGUUACUGUCGAUGUGAAUCAACUAAAAGCCACCAUUGACGACGAAAUUAUUGCUCACUUGGGAGCAUUUGCAAAAGACGAUGUGAUCACGGAAAAUCGUCUCCGACUGGCGGUUCUUGUUCACGACUCUUGCAUCCAGAUUGUCGACAAAAAGAAGAAGAAACCACUUCGCAUGAAAAUCCAAGCUAUGACCAUUGAGCAGGAUGAAGAUUGAUUUAUUAUUAAUAUUGUUAUUAUUGGAUAUUGAAAAUAUCGUAAUUGAACUUAACUAUGUAAUUGCUUUUCUACUUUCUUUCCUUUUCAUUUGUUUUUCUUUCCCAUGAUUCAGUUGUGAUCCACAUUUUGUCAGUUGACACGUGACUUUUCCGUCUUUGCCAUUCUUCCCCCACACGCAUACAUAAUCGCAAAUUGCUUAGUUAAUUAAAAAUAAAAACGAUUUUGCACACUAAA